AUGCAAAAAUUUGUUAGUUUUAUAUCAUCAGUUUCACGGUUAUGCCCAGCAAAAAUUUCGGUCAACCAACCAUUUGGAAUCUGUGGCAGAUUGAUGUCAGUAAGCAGCCAAGAUAUUUUGACAGAUGAUCACUCAAAGAAAUGGCACUUGUUCAGUGCCGUCUGCCUAGAAAGGCUACCACAAAUUUCUGCUAAUCUUAAUGAAAUUGAAAAUAAAUAUUUGAAUUUUAUGAAUCAAUUGGAGAUUGAAAAUAGUUUGUUAUCUGACCAUGAACUGAGAUUUCAGGAAGACAAGAAAAUUGCUGCCAAGAAGCAUGAUGACAGUGACUUGAAGGAAGAAACAGCAAGGAAAACUACAACAGAAAUUGAGGAUUUAUGGGAAAUUGAAUACAAUUCAUUUACUCCAGCUCCCCGAAUCACAGAAGCUGACAAAUCUAAUGAUUUAAAGUCUCUUGAAAGAUGUCUUGAUGGUAAACUGAUCUUAUUAGUCAAACAAAAAUUGGGAACCCAAGAGACUUGGGUAAUGCCUCAAAGCAGACACCAACCAGGAGAAUCAAUGCGACAGACAGCAGAACGUAUCUUGCAUCAAUAUUGUGGUGAAAAAAUGAAAAGUCUUUUUCUUGGUAAUGCACCUUGUGGCUACCAUAAAUACAAAUAUCCCAGAGAUGCAGAUGUAUUUGGAGCUAAGGUGUUUUUCUUCAAAGCCUUUCAUCAAGAUGGAAAUGUUUCUGAAAUAUGUCCAGAAAUAAUUGAUUAUUCUUGGGUGACCAAGAAAGAAUUACCACAAUAUUUAUCUCCAGUUUAUUUGGAAUCUGUUAAUAAAUUUAUUAUAGAUUUUUAA